AUGGUGGCUGUGAAGGUUCUGCAUGGAACUUCUGACAAGAUCAUUCAAGCACAGUUUAUGACUGAAAUGGGAACGCUUGGUAAACUCCACCAUUUCAAUCUUGUUCGCUUAUAUGGAUUUUGUUUUGGAAAAGACUUGACAGCGUUGGUUUAUGAGUACAUGGCAAAUGGUUCUCUUGACAAGUAUUUGUUAAAAGAAAACAAUACAUUAGGGUUUGAAAAGCUUCUUGAGAUAGCGGUUGGAACUGCAAGAGGCAUUGCUUAUUUGCAUGAAGACUGCCAACAAAGAAUUAUUCACUAUGACGUUAAACCGGCCAAUAUUUUGUUAGACCGGAAUUUCAAUCCUAAGGUUUCCGAUUUUGGUUUGGCAAAGCUUCAUAACAGGGAUAACACUCAUAUAUCUAUGACCGGUGGAGGAGGAGGCAGGAGAACCCCCGGUUACGCUGCGCCGGAGCUAUGGAUGCCGUUCCCGGUGACUCACAAGUGCGAUGUCUAUAGCUUUGGAAUGUUGUUGUUUGAGAUCAUAGGUCGGAGAAGAAAUGUUGAUAAUAAUGUUCCAGAAAGCCAAGAGUGGUUUCCAAUGUGGGUUUGGAAAAAAAUUGAUGUUGGAGAAUUACAGGAUUCAACAUUAGUGUCUGAAUUAUUGUUGGAGAAACAUAAGGAGAUGGUAGAAAGAAUGGUUAAGGUAGCUUUGUGGUGUGUUCAGUAUAAGCCAGGAUUAAGGCCUAUGAUGAGUGCUGUCGUGAAAAUGUUGGAAGGCUCUGAAGAAAUUCCACAACCUUCGAAUCCAUUUCAAUACUUGAUGGACAAUGGUUUCACUGCUGCUCUUCCACACCGAUACUCAUCGUAUAAUUGCAAUAGUACGACAACUGUAACUACAAGUAGUUAUUGUGACUCUUCUGUGAUUGCUGUGGACUCCAAUAUUGUAAUUGCUGAUCCAAUUUAG